GUUCUUCGACUGAUUUUCACAAAGUCUUGGUAUCUGUAACGCAGAAGAAGAAAUCCACUUUAAACUUAAAGAUGUUGAAAUUUACUUGCUUGUUGUUAAUUGUCGCUUUGAUGUUGCAAGUCAGCCGAGCUUGGGACGAAGGUAACAAUAAUGAAGAAGAACAACUAGCGGCCGCUCGACAACAAUCCGACGAAUACUUCGCAAAUGCUUUCGGAUACACUUCCAAUCCUUGGGAUUCCGCUUACUAUCAGCCAAGCACUCCAGAAUAUUUCGGUUCAAUCCAGGGUCGAAAUCCCGUAAUCAGAACAAGUGUUCAUCCAUUCAGCAAGUACUUCGUCGCUAAUUUAGUUAAAACAGAAAACGAUGAGGAAGAAAACAACCAAGCGGAAGGACGUCUUGGUGGUCUGGGUGCUAAUUUGAUCAACACGGGCCUCUUCAACAAUCGAUUCACCCCCGCAAACACUUGGAGACCCUUUGCAAAUUUAGCCAACCGGAUUCCCAUUUCUUACAACCCCAACUAUGACAACCCGCUUGAUACCUUCGACGCUUGUACGUCACCCAGUGGCGACGCCGGAAUCUGUGCCCCAGGAAACAUCUGCUCGUUAUUCGGUGGACGGCCAAGCGGAUCCUGCAUCCUGGGAAAAGUCUGCUGCAUUAACUCGAUCAGCACUUGUGGAGGAACUGUUACCUUAAACAACACGUUCUGGCAAUCUCCUUCCACUGCCGUGAGUGCUCCUUCCACUUGCGCGUUGACUGUCCGGAUGGACACUAAAUUGGUGGAACAGUUGAAGAGGCCCAUUUGCCAAAUUCGGCUGGAUUUCGUAUCCUUUACCAUUGGGGGACCGUCAACAACAGGAACAACAAUCGGAACUUGCACGGAUACUUUUACGGUUGGUGGAUCAACUACUACGGCACCAACUAUUUGUGGAGUUAACUCUGGACAACACAUGUACCUUGACAUCCCGUCAUCAGCCGUUACCCCGAGCAAUGUUCAGCUCAUGUUCAAUUUUGCAGCUGGAACAACAACCACUCGCGGAUGGAAUAUAAAAAUCGCUAUGCUCCCUUGUGGUGCUAGAUAUCUCGCUCCGACGGAUUGCCUUCAAUAUUUCACAGCUUCUACGGGCAGAGUCAAGUCAUUCAAUUGGCAAGACGCCGCAGGUGCCCUGCAACUCAACAAUCAAAACUACAACAUUUGCUUCCGGACGGAACUGGUUUCCUCACAGAGAGCAACCCAAAUGUGCGUCUCAGUUUGUACUGGACUCACGAUUGGCGACGCUUUUUCUAUAACCACGGUAGCUCCCAUUGCCGCUGCCGACGUAGGCAGUGCCACUGUAACUGCCUUCGUCAAUUCUCUUUCUGCUGUGGGUACAACGUUUACCAAUAAUGGAGUUACUACUGCCGUUUGUCUGUACGAUUUCCUGCUCAUCGCUGGUGGAAGAGACGCAAAUAAUGUCGAGCAAGAUCGUUACUGCGGUAAUGCACUGAAUCCAGUCCCCAUCAAUACACCUGCUACUGCUGCAGCGGCAGCGGCAGUGGUCCCUGCUUUGAACCCUGCUUUCGCUGGUCCAGCAGCCGGUGGACUGCCCAACAGUGUACAAGUGUGCACUUCCAUCAGACCAUUUAGGAUGACAUACCGAACCGAUAGUCAAGAAACGACAGUGCCUGCGGUUGUCGCGUCCAAUACGAUUGGAGCGGGUCCCGAUACUGGAAAUACUGGAUUCUGUCUCGACUAUCAAGAACGAUAGACAAUCUGAAAUCAAUUUCCCGACGUCUCGUCUGAGAUUAACUUUCCACUCUAUUGAUGACCCUUUCAAUGUUAGAAAUCUUAGUUGUGGCCUUUUAGUGAGUUCUCUGAUUAUGCAGUGAGCAUUUCUUUAUUUAAUUUUCCGCUUUAGUUGUUUCGACCAUAUUUUCUAGAAAGCGCUAUCAAAUUUGAUUUUCGUUUUAAUUUAAUUAUUUAUUCUUAGAUGUGUUUGGACAUGCGUUUGAAGUGAAUCAGUUUUGAUUUCGUGUGGAUGACUAUUCAAAUUUCUUUUGAUAAUGUGCUUGACCACACCCAAAAAUUAAAAUUGAUUCACUAAGAAGAAUCACCCUUAACUGGCGAAAUAUUUAUCAAUCUAAAAAGAAAUGCUCAGCUCGUCCAAUUUAAAAUAAACAGCUUUUACCACUUUA